GCUCAGCAGUGUGUGAAGCUGACAGGCUUUUAUGUCCUGUCUUGGUUUUGUUAAAGCAGCAAAAAUGUACGUUACCGUGUCUACCUAUUUUUAGACGUUCAGAACAAAGGCUGUGGUUCGGUGUUGAGCUGAAUGUGUGUUUUUAAGGGAAGACUUGGGAACACGCCCUAGCUGUCUGUACCUACCUGUGUGAAAGGGAAUGCUUUCAACUUCAUUUGAAUGCGAGCACACACCGACACCGGGGAAGUUAACUAUAACUGUUAAUUUGUCACUACAAGGUUUCGAGUUUUUCUUCCCGCGUUGUAGGUUUUUGUUGGGAAAUGACGAAGCUUUUCUCUACCAGAGCGUGACAAAAAGUCAACUAUGUUUCACACGGUUGACUUGGUCCGCGUUACCCCGGCUGGUGCACCGCUGCUCAGCUGUAAACUGUAACCUGCGGCGGCGGAUGGAUAUGUCGUAGCACUCCCUGCCGCCUCUGAAAACAACCUGUAAGCCAGAAAAACGUAAGAAGAAACCCCCUCCCAGUACGCUUUAUGUCAGAUAAAUGUCAUAUGUUGCUGAGCUGAGAGAGAGAGAGAGAGAGAGAGAGAGAGAGGUGUUCCGAGGCCACGUCGGACCAGGGAGUUUCCUGUAGUUCCGCACGCCUGUCGGGUCACAGGUAGGGGGGCUGGGCGGGUAAACCUGCCCUGGAGCUCGACACUACUGGUUGAUGUUUCCUCACCGGGCGCCCCCAGGGACUGCCGACAGCUCGCUGCCCCCGUCAGCCUCCUGAGCAAAAUCGAGCGCCCCCUGGCUCGACAUCACCAAAGCGCCGCGUCUGCAAGCGGCCCAGCCGAGCAGCCUCCGCGUUGCCCUGAGGCCGGCCUGCCUGGGCGGGACUCUGUCACCAUGGAUACGGAGUCAACCUACUCGGGGUAUUCCUACUACUCCGGACGCUCCCGGGGAUCCCACAGGCACGGGGAGCGAAGCCGGGACCGCCACAAAUCCCGCAGCAAAGACAGCCGCUCAGAAAAGUCUGUGACAAUAAACACGCCGCCUGCAGAGCCGCUGCUGGGCGACUUGGCCGUCCGGAGCGAACAGGUCCAGGAUGACAACUGGGGCGAGACCACCACGGCGGUCACGGGCACGUCGGAGCACAGCCUCUCUCAGGAGGACAUCGUCCGCAUCACCAAGGACCUGGAGGACAGCGUGGGUCUGGACUGCCGCCGUUACUUCACCCUGACCCUGGCGGUCCUCGUGGGCCUGCUGGUGUUCCUGACGCCCGUGGCCUUCCUGGCGAUCCCACACCUCCUGUGGCAGGACAAGCUGCAGAGCUGCGGCACGGCCUGCGAGGGCCUCUACAUCUCCGUGGCCUUCAAGCUGCUCAUCCUGCUGCUGGCCGUGUGGGCGCUGUUCUUCAGGCCGCCGCGGGCCGGCCUCCCGCGCGUCUUUGUGUUCCGGGCGCUGCUCGCUGUGCUGGUGCUGCUCUUCGUGCUCUCCUAUUGGCUGUUCUACGGAGUCAGAAUACUCGACUCGCAGGAUGAGAACUACCAAGGCAUCGUGCAGUAUGCCGUGUCCCUGGUGGACGCCCUGCUCUUCAUCCACUACCUGGCCAUCGUCCUGUUGGAGCUCCGGCAGCUCCAGCCGUGCUUCUCUGUGUGCGUCACACGCUCCACAGACGGAGAGAUCAGGCACUACAACCUGGGACAGCUCAGCAUUCAGCGAGCAGCUCUGGCCAUCCUGGAGCAUUACUACUGCGACUUCCCGGUCCAUAAUCCUGCUCUGCUUUCUGCCUCCAAGUCCCGCGCUGCAAAGCACCUGGCUGGCCUCAAGGUCUACAACGUGGAUGGUGAGUUCCCAGCAGGCACUGCUGACGGUCCUGGGAACAACGCAGCAGCAGGCAUGGCCCACUCUCAGUCCAGAGCCAUGAUCGCCGCUGCCGCACGCCGCAGAGACACGAGCCACAACGAGCUGUACUACGAGGAGGCGGAGCACGAGAGGCGCGUCCGGAAACGCAGAGCGCGCCUGGUGGUGGCAGUAGAGGAGGCCUUCACACAUGUAAAGCGCAUGCAGGAGGAGGAGCAGAAGAAGGCUCCGGGGGACGUGAUGGACCCCCGAGAGGCGGCGCAGGCCAUCUUCCCCUCCAUGGCCCGGGCUCUGCAGAAGUACCUGAGGACCACCAAGCAGCAGCACUGCCACAGCAUGGAGAGCAUCCAGCAGCACCUCGCCUUCUGCAUCACCAACAACAUGACACCCAAGGCGUUCCUGGAGAGCUACCUGUCCCCCGGUCCCACCCUGCAGUACAGCCGGGACCACUGGCUGUCCCGCCAGUGGACGCUCGUCAGCGAGGCGUCGGUCACCAGUGGCCUCAAAGACGGCUCCGUCUUCCUGCUCAAGUGUGCCGACUUCAGCCUGGUGGUGACGUCCAAGAAGAUCCCGUACAUCCAGAUGUCCGAGGAGUACAUCGACCCAAAGUCCCACAAGUUUGUCCUGCGCUUACAGUCUGAGACCUCCGUGUAGGACUUUCUUUUUUUACUACUCACACACCGCUUUGUUUGGGUUUGCAGAUUUUUAUUUCUCCUUUUUUUUAUAUAUAUAUAUAUAUAUUAUAUAUGAAGCUAUACACAACACACAUGUUUGAAUAUUUUGCUCUUUUUUACAUUUUGUUUUGGAUGAAAACAAGAAAAAGAAGGAAGUUGUUGAACUUGGACGUCCUGGACUUAGUUGUGUGCACAUACAGUGUGUGUGUGUGUGUGUGUGUGUGUUUUUCAACGCGAUCAGUCGUUAACUUUUGCAGCCAAACAAAGACGGGAUUAUUUCUCACUUUAUCGUCUCCACCGCUCUUUUUCAUUUCCAUUGGACGGACAAACACAUGAACCACUGAGCACUGUGCUGCUGUGACAUGGAUGUUUUUUAUAUUUGAAGCCUGAUGGAGACACAUGAUAAAUAUCCUGCCUGUGUUGCCACAGCGCCUGCAGCGUCUCCUUCCAAACGAAAUGGAAUGCUCUUUUACAUAAGAGACAUGACUCAAUUUUAAACGGACUUUGCAUUAAAUGCACAUUUGAUGUUUAUGAAUUGAAAGAAAACACCUAAAAAGGUGGACACACAUCAUCUCCUAUGUGCAGCCAAAGUUGGACUCUUUGACCUCUCUCUGUGCGUGCACCAUUCUUCCUCCAGGUGCAAAAUCCCAAAUAUUUCCACUCCAGUUGGGAACACACAUGCCAUAUUAAACCUGGGGAUGAAACGCUGAAUGAUCUGGAUCACAGGAGACGCUCAGAGGUGGAUCACAUGCCCUCAAACAUUCGCCCCGCUUCAUCGGUUCAGUAACCUUCUCAAGGCUCUCAAGUCUACAGCGAGCGCCUGAUACGACGGGAAGGAGGAGCCACGGUGUCAGGAAUAAAAAAAUACUACUGAUUACAUCUGUGUGUUACAAAGAGUGAAGACAUCAUACUGUAAACUCUCAUAUUAAAGAUGAUAUUAAAACAUGCUAAAGCAGGCAGGUAGGGCUGCCGGAUAGCCACGCCUAGUGCCCCAUUUUAUACAUGUAUACAUUAUACUUUUAUUUCUUUUAGAGAGUCAUGCAGUAAUCACCACUUCAUGAACUUCUCUUUUCACUUCCUUGAAGAUUGAAGACGCACAUUUUGACAGUUUUGUGAAUCCGUGUAGAAAACAAGAAACCGGAUGAUGCUGUUAUGUAAUAAUCUCUUAAAGUGUCAAACUGAAGUUUCAUUCUGGGUCACUUCACCUGUUUGGAGAAAAAAAAAAGUUUCACCUGAGGAUUAAAGGUGCACUACGGAGUUAUGGUAGAGAAAUGUACAGAUUCUGUGGUAUAUGUUUAUAACUCUAUAAACAAACUGUCUUUAGAGAAAAAUAUGGUCCCUGGAACUGUUAGAAGAUUAUAAUUAGAGAAUUAUAUGUGAGAAGUUGUGUUGGGGGGCCUGCUCCUGGUAGCUUUUUCAGCUCCAAACAGUGUUCAGGGACCCCUUUUUCCUCUGAGUAAAGUUUGUGUAUUCAGUUCAGAAAAUAUAGUAUGGAAUUGUUUCACUUCUCCAACUUUCAAAUUUCACUACAAAAUCUACAGAGUGCACCUUUAAGGUAGUCAAAAAUGUGGAUCAUUUUCCACCUUGGUCAUAUUUUGAACACAAAACUGCUGUGAGCAAAAAUCUGAAAACACAGAGUCCUGGGUGUGUGCUGAUAAAUCCAUCACCACACACUUCAGCUGGAGGAAUAUUUGAUUUGUUGUUAGAAAAUUGUCUCAUAUGUGUUUUUGUGAUUUAGACCGAGUGCAGGAGGGGGCUUGCAAUUUUUGGUACAGAUGAUUAAAAAAAAACAAGGGACUACCCAAAACUGGGAACCUAGGACUUGUGUUUUUGUUUUUGUUGCUGUGGUAUCGAAACAAGCAUCAAUGUCAUUUACACUACAUCAAGGUUUUAAAAUCUGACUGAGAAAACAAGUUCUAUAUAUUCAGACACUGAGCUCGAUGAAGCCCUUAUGUGAGCGUUUACAGUGUUGAGCGUCUUCUCUGAGGUCACACAGUGUUUGAACACAUGAUAAUAAACAGAUUUUUUGUCAGUGUCGAGCUGCAGCAGGGUGGAACCUCCUUCCCAACUGGACCGUCUGGUUUUCCUUCAACACGUCUCGCUUCUGUCGUCUGACAAACACUCGCUCACAGGGAUCCCUCCACAUCAGACACUCACAGGGAAUUCUUUUUUCUUUCCCUGGAUUAAAAUCAGCUAAUGUUGCAGAGCCAGAAGCUAAGCUAAAGGCACUAAAAUGACAUUUUCAACAUCAUGAGUGACUACUCUGUCCCUGCCUUAACAUGGAAACAGAAUCAAAAAGUCAUACUUCAUGAGGUGUGUUUGUGAGCAGUUGUCCACUACUGCCCCCUGGCUGCUUAACCCAGCAUUGUCAGUGGUUUGCCUAAAGCAGCACCGUCAUGUUUUCAUACAAAAAGCAUAAGAAAUAAAUCUUACACUGUAACUUUUCAACUGUUCAAAUCUAAUAGAAAUGUCUUUAAUUCAACACCUGUCAUUUGGUACCUGCUGACAGAUGAACUUUGACCCCGCUGUGACUGUGCCUCCUGUUUUUACACUGUAUCUAUUUAUGUUAACAAGCAUGUAUGUGUGUGUAUGUAUGAAAGUGUGUUUUUGCCAUUCCAGUUCACAUGAGCAGCCUUCUCCCCCUCCCCUCCCGUCACAGAAACGCUCACAGUCCUGCGUCAUGGUCUGGUUUAUGUCGGGACAGCUUUACCAACAUGACACAACAUUUGCAAUAUAAGACAUGUUCGUCUCACAGCGUAGACGUUUGUACAAAAAAAUGAAUAAACAUUUUUAUGAACAUUUGUAAAA